GCGGGGCUCUGACGCACUUCCGGUGCUAUCGUUCAGCGGCUGUGAGGUUUCCACACUCCGAAGCGGUUCUGAGUCACGGUGAGCCUGCGAGUCCCAGGUUUGAAGUGUGGUACUUUAAGAACCAGAAACCCAAAGGCACCAGGUCUACUCUAAGAGUCCUGCUGGUUCUGGAAUCUGUGAUGACCAAGGUGGUGGGCAUGGCCACAGUUCUGGGCCCCAGGCCACCUCAGGAGCCUAUGGGACCUUUGCCCAUUAAAGUAGAAGAGGACGAAGAGAAAGACAAGUGCCACCCUAGCGUAGAGCUAUCCCGUAAGCGCUUCAGACAGUCUGGGAACCAUGACACUCUUGAGCCAAUGGGACCUUCAACCAUUAAAGCUGAAGAGGAUGAAAACAAGGACAAGUGCCGUCCUAGCCUGGAGCUAUCCCGUAAAAGCUUCAAGCAGUUUGGGUACCAAGACACUCUUGAGCAGUUGGGACCUUCGACCAUUAAAGCUGAAGAGGAUGAAGAGAAGGACAAGGGCCGUCCUAGCCUAGAGAUAUCCCGACAGCGCUUCAGGCAGUUUGGGUACCAUGAUACUCCUGGGCCCCGAGAGGCACUAAGCCAGCUUCGGGUGCUCUGCUGUGAGUGGCUACAGCCAGAGAUCCACACCAAGGAGCAGAUUCUAGAGCUACUGGUUCUGGAGCAGUUCCUGACCAUCCUGCCCCGGGAGCUCCAGGCCUGGGUACAGCAGCACUGCCCUGAGAGUGCAGAGGAGGCCGUCACUCUCCUGGAAGACCUGGAGCAAGAACUGGAUGAACCAGGAUUGCAGGUUUCAUCUCCUCCAAGUGAACAGAAGCAGUCUUGGGAGAAAAUGUCAACUUCAGGAACUGCAAUGGAGUCCUUAAGCAGUACUGAGACCCAACCUGUGGAUGCCAGCCCUAAAUAUGAGUUUUGGGGGCCCCUGUACAUCCAGGAGACUGGUGAGGAGGAGGUUUUCACUCAGGAUCCAAGAAAGCGCCAAGGUUUUAGAUCGAAUCCCCAGAAGGAGGACUCAGCAGAUGAGCAGAGAAGUUCUGAAGAGGAGUCUCAUGCAGACGGACUCAAAAGAAACAUCAUCCCCAUGAUUACUGCCAAUAAGUAUGGAUCGAGAUCAGAAAGGCAGUGGGCCAACAACCUGGAAAGGGAGAGAGGGACAAAAGCCUCUCUUCACGACACAGGUUCCAGGAAAGGGGCAGAACCAGCGUCUACUAGGCCUGCCCCAGGAGAGAAACGUUACAUAUGUGCAGAGUGUGGGAAGGCCUUUAGCAAUAGCUCAAACCUCACUAAACACCGGAGAACACACACUGGGGAGAAGCCUUAUGUGUGUACAAAGUGUGGGAAGGCUUUCAGCCACAGCUCCAACCUUACCCUUCAUUACCGAACACACCUGGUGGACCGGCCCUAUGACUGUAAGUGUGGGAAAGCCUUUGGGCAGAGCUCAGACCUCCUUAAACAUCAAAGGAUGCACACGGAAGAGGCGCCCUAUCAGUGUAAAGACUGUGGGAAAGCCUUUAGUGGGAAGGGCAGCCUCAUUCGACACUAUCGCAUCCACACAGGGGAGAAGCCCUAUCAGUGCAAUGAGUGUGGAAAGAGUUUUAGUCAGCACGCAGGUCUCAGUUCCCAUCAACGCCUGCAUACAGGGGAGAAACCCUAUAAGUGUAAGGAGUGUGGCAAAGCCUUCAACCAUAGUUCAAAUUUUAAUAAGCAUCACAGAAUCCAUACUGGCGAAAAACCCUAUUGGUGUAACCACUGUGGGAAAACCUUCUGUAGCAAGUCAAAUCUUUCCAAGCAUCAGAGAGUCCACACUGCAGAGGGAGAAGUCCAGUAGCUGUCUAUUCUCAUCUGUUAUCGUUGUUGUAAACGUUAGAAUGUGAGUGCUAGGAAGAAGCUCCGUAAUGCAUUUGAUGUUUGAUAGUAGGUUUUGCUCUAGUCAUCAAGGGGUACCUUGGAGGGAGAACUCCACAGUGAUAGAGCAGACAGGAGAUCUACAGAGCAGCAGGGAGCUCCACACUGGUCCCCUCGACCAGCAGGGUCCCUCCUCACACUCCAGGCCCCAGUGUACUAUGUGUCCAAUAUAGUUUAGGAAGAAACAUUAAAAUUGUUUAACCGUUUUAACAUGUAUUCUACAGUUGUAGUUUGUAAACAAUUGAGCCACCUUGAACAGUCUGAUUCAGAAUAAACAUAUAGCAUCAUG